GAAUACAAUGGCCACAGAAACAAUUGAAGAACUUAUAAAGCAGACACUAAAUACAAUACCUUGGCAGACAACCUUACAACUAACACUUCCGGCCAAGCACGUGCCAUUCGUUCUUCACGGGCCUUCCAUUUUGACAGGAUACAGAGUGCCAUACAAAGAAUGGAAAUAUUUCUUUCUCAGUCUUUUUCAACUCCAUAAUGAAACUGUCAACGUAUGGUCACAUCUUAUCGGAUGUAUUAUCAUAUCAGUAAAAUUAUAUGGAUAUAUGGAUGAGUUCGACGUUGACAAAGAUUACGUUAUGAGUACAUUACUUAUGUUUGGAAUUUCUUGUUUAAUUUGUUUAUUCACAAGUGCUAACGUCCACUUGUUACAUUCUAAGUCACCUUAUGUUCAUUUUGUUGCUUUCAUGGUUGAUUAUAUGGGAGCAACAAUAAGUAGCUUCGGUUCGGGAAUUGCUGGUAUAUAUGGGCUAUCGGAAGCCAGAAGCUAUAGAUGGUUAAUGCCUCUUUAUUUACCAGUUAUUUUUAUUUCAUCUUAUCUUAAUUUUGUCAAUUUGUGUCUUGCGAAGAUUUGGUAUGGGCAUGAUCCGCAUAAUAUACAAAGGAAAUAUAUGUUUAUAAUAGGAAUGAGUAUACAAGCUUUAAUAAACAUGGCACCAUUUGUGACACGUUACGAAAUCUGCUUUUCAAACGAAAACUGUUCAAUGACCUCUCUUAAUCAUCUUACAUUAAUACAAAUAGUGUUUAUAUUAGAAGCAGUUACUUUUGCUGCUUAUCAACCAGAGAAAACAUGGCCCGGGAAAUUUGACAUCGUCGGCCACGGACAUCAGAUUUUCCACGUGCUGAUUAUUUGUAACCACGUGUUUCAAUUAGACGCUAUAUACGCUGAUCACGACAAAAAAAAACUUGUCUCACAGUAAACCAAACUGUCUACAUAUAUCUGCUAUGAUGUCCUCUUUGUAUGUUCUUGAAGGGCUAACUCUAUACUUUAUAUCAAAAUACGUGCCACAGUGUCUUAAAAGAAUAAAGGAGUCAUAAAUGAGGGAGUAACAAUUUCAAGAGUCUGUAUAUUUAUUGCAAUGUUUUAUGUCUAUAAAAUUGUUGUUUUAUAGAGGGAUGUAACAAAAAGGAUUGGAAAGCAUUUAAUUAAACUAUAAUUACUUAUUGUUUGUUUGGAUCGUCAGACCAAACAAAUAAUGGUAGCGAAAUUUCAAACCCUGUUGCUGUUAAUUGCAAAUGCCGAAAGUAGUCCGCUUUUUGAAGCGGUUACUUCCCUUUAUACGUACACUAACGCCAAAAAAUUCAGGAGAUAUCACUGCGUAAAGAUUGUCAAAUGACAGACGCAUUAAUUUUCAAGCAAAAUAGUUCCCGAAUGGUCGAAGAUAAUAUUGUUUUAUUCUUUAUAGAUAUACAUGCUUAUAUGAUUAUUUACAUCUGUGUUAAACAACAGGUUUAGCGUCGAAAUAAUAAGAGUUACAACCCCUAAUUUAGAAUAAUAUGUUUUUCUUCAGGCCGUUAACAUAUAACAUCACCGUGGCCGAGGGAUUUGCACGCUCGCUUAGGAAUCGGGAGGUCUGGAGUUCAAAUCAUAGAUAGGGCAACUCAUUUUUUUUUAAAUUGUCAAAAAGUCAAAUAAACAUUGAAUUGAAUAGCAGUGUUGCAAUUAGUCUUAUAGCCAAUUUACUACAGUUAAAACACUGGAAAGCAUUGGUGGCACUAUACAAAAACAAAUUGGUUUAUAAUCUCAUAACCUUCACCUUUCUGACAUUCUGAGACCCAAACAAAUUCAGCGCCUUCUGUGCUUUGAUUUAUAUUGUAUUGUGAAUAUAAACUGAAUACAAAAGUGUACAAAAUUACAAAUUACUGAUAUCUUGAAUUAGAUGUGUAAAGUUGUCGGCCUAGCAAACCAGCGGCGUGAAGUUGGAGGCCAAGCAGCCCAGCGACCUGGCGGCGUGAAGGUGGCGGCCCAGUGGCCUAAAAUUUCAAUGUUGUAGAAAUGAUAAAAAACGGCAAUUAAUGAUGUUCUAAAGACAAUUCUUGUUUUUUGAAGUUAAUGGAUAUAUAAACAGAAAAAAAUAUUUUCAGAAAACUUUAUUUUAUCAUUUUUGUGAAGUUGGCAACCUAGCAGCCUG